ACUGUCUGACCCACUGUCCAAUAAGAAGCCGAAACUACAGCUUCCAGCAGCCCCUGACCAAUGCGCAACGCACUGCAAAGUAUUCCUACAGCAAACAGGAGUCUCCCAUGCCUAACGAAGUUUUUGUCAAAAGCCGUCUGCUUAGUUCGAGGGAGUUUCGAUAACAUUCGUUACGAUUUCUAAGCCCGCCUCCCUGUGCCCGCGGGAGAUCGGCCAUCUACGGAACUGAUCGGAAUGUCUCGGCUUCUUCCGGGACGAGGGACUGAGCGAACAAACGAGCGAGAGCUGGAGAGGUGAGUAAAGGAGCGAGAGGCGUCGCACCUUGUCCUGGGAAUUCCGAACUCGUGUCACAUUGGAUUCUCCCCCCGCUCAGCGCAGGUUACGUUCCCACAGAUGCUUAUAUGUUUGUGCUCUUGUUUUCGUCAAGUGUCCAUUUAAUGUACUGAAGAUUUGUGGACCUGUGUGAUCAUCAUUGACUUGGAGACAACAUGGCAAGUGGGGGAUACAAGUCACACAACCCAUCUUCCUCUAACACAACUGAUUUCUUGGAGGAGUGGAAAGCCAAGAGAGAGAAGAUGAGAGCCAAAAUGCUUGCAAAUGAGUUACUGAUAGCAGCCACAGGAGGAGGAGGGGGAGGAGAAUGUGGAGGCAAUGACAUUGUCAAUAAAGCUAGCAGUGAGUUGAACAACAAUGGUAACUGCAAUGCAGCACCUACAAACAACCCAGUAUCUGCAGCACCCUCAAUCAAUAAAGGUCCUGCAAAUAAGAAGGCAGAUGAGGAUCCAAUAGUUCCAUCUACUGUGAUGCAGCAAAAGAAAGUGCCUGGUCCUGUGCAAGAUGGGGUAUCUGCAGGAAACGUGCAGGAUGAGUCCACCCCACCAGUUUCACAGGAAACUCACACAAAGGCAAAAGAAAAGAAGAGUUGCAGUGGACCUAGUGCCAGGAAGGGUAAGGGACAGAUUGAGAAGAGAAAGCUUCGAGAAAAGAGGAGGUCUACAGGAGUGGUUAACAUCCCCUCAGUAGAAAGUCCUGAUGAGUAUGAAGAUGAUGAAGCAGGACAAAAAGAAAGAAAAGGCGAUGAUGUAGUUACCAAGCAAAACACUCUACAAAAUGAAUCUUUUUCCCUGGAUCCAAGUGAAUCCUACUUGCCGCAGGAAACUGCGAGAACUGCAGGAUCCAACCGAUAUAAAAGCAAUAAUGCUUUUGAUGAUGACGCCUUAAAUCGCUAUUCUCGAAAUGAUCGAACAGCCUGUAAUCAUUUAAACCGAGAGACAAGUUCCUCAGGAAAUUCUGGCCAGGACAGUGCUCUGGAAAAAAGAAUUGAGGAACUUGAAAGAGAUCUAGCAAUAGAGAGGCAAGAACAUUCGAGAUUAACAAAGCUAAUGCAAGACAAAGAAGAAUUAAUUCACAAAAUGAAGGAAGAAAUAGACUUAUUGAACAGAGAUUUGGAUGAUUUAGAAGAUGAAAACAAGCAACUAAAGCAGGAAAACAAGACCCUGCUAAAAGUGGUUGGACAACUAACAAGAUAGAAGGUUGAUUGUAGCUGUGCUGCUCACUACUGAUUUUUACCUUUUGAGAAGAGAAAGGGUGGCAUAGGGCAAUUUGGUUAAGGGAUUAGGGAAAACUUGAGCAAGAGCAACCUCUUCAGUGAAGGGGAAUUCCAGUUCUUUACAAAGGUUUCAUAGAAUUGUAUGCUGCAAGCUUGCAUAUUUAUUACUGUGGACUUCACCUUUGGGAGGAAUAAUAUUUGCACCAGCUAUUUUUAAGGUAUGCAUUUUUUUUAACCCACAGAAAAAUAGAUUUUGCUUUUAAGGGAAAAAAAUCCCAAACGCAGACCACUAUUGACAACCUUGUCACUUAUUUGCAUCUGUUUCCAUUGCAAAGACAUUCUUCCAUUUUUUUCGAUAUUUUGACUUGCUCAGUGAUAUUACGCUCUCCUCCCCUGACAUAUGCCACAAGCGGAAAAACUAGUCUUUCUAGAUUUUUACACAUCAGGCAGAUUAACUAACAAAAGAAGAAAAGAAGGACCGCCAGACAAAAUUGUCACAGCACAUGUGAAAUCAGUGUCUAGAAAUCUCCCUAUGGACAAAGGGCAAGGAAGAAAGAUUUAAACUGAGUCACUGGAAAGGAAUGUGUCUUGUCUGUAGUGGCCUGAUCUCUGCAUAUUUUUAGAAAGACCUAAAGAAUAUUUUGAUGUUCCUUCAGAUUCAUCCUUUAACAUCAUGUUUCUAUUGAUGUAUUUCUGUUUAUGCUGGUUUUGAAAUGUAUUCACAGAAAGCCGUUGCACAUAGCAUUGAAGGAGGUAGGCUUCACAGUGGAAUAUUUUUCUUUAGUAUAUAUUAUAUUGCUGAUCAAUUCUCCGCUUUGGUUUACAGCUAAAUUGACAUAAGCCUUGUUUAUAUUUAACCACAUAGUCUUGUAAAGGCUUGUUUUUCUCUUCAGGUUUUAUUGGACCAAAACAAAGUGCAGGGACCAGAAGGUGUUUACUAUAGGGUACAUUUAAAAAAAAAAAAAAAAAAAUCAGGUUCUCAUAUGCAGAAAUUACUUUCUUAAAUUCUACCGAUCAUAUUCUCUGAUUAAACAAACAAAUGGAUUUAUUAGGGGUGACUGCUAAACUGAAGUUAGAAAAGUUUCACUGUGGAACAAAGUUUACAAUUACUGUCCAGUUUCAUUUUAUACUCUAAAUAUAUUUGUAUGCUAGCUUUAUUUGCUGUGCACAAAUAUAAUAUUGCCUUUACAAAUGUGUUUCUAUGUGUGUUUCAUCCACUUUAAAUAUUAACCUCUUUCAAAGAGAAUAGAACUGCUGUACAAAAUCACAUCAUUAACACUAGCUGCUUGCUGCACUUCACCUGGCCAAGAACUCCAAUGACUUAUUUGUAUUACAUCUUCUGGCUCCCAGAGUAUAGUGGAUCAUGGGGUCCAGCAUGGAAAUGGUUGGGCCGCAUUGUCAAGCAGUUCUCCCAUAAAAUAAUUUCUUUUGCAAACACAGCUUUAUGGCAAAGGAAGCCAUAUAUGUAUCAAACUUAUGUUGAUUAAGGCCACAUUACCUGAAAGAACCUUUAAAUACUCAGCUGUGCAACCUUGAACAUUGACAAAUUGCCUUGAGGAGCAAGGUAGGCACUUGUAAGGUCCAGUCAUCUGUAUCUGUCUUAUUUUUCAGAAGGGCACAUGCCUGCUCAGGCAUGAACUAAUUAGCUGCUCAUGAUUCAUUAAUAUUUAGUCAGUUGUAAUGAGCCCUGAGAAAUUAUAGACAUAACACCAAUUUGCCUAUAUCAGAUCAAGCCAUUGUUGUUAUUCCAGUCCAGGGAUCUGAUGCCAAAUUUUAGGAUAUCAAACUUAAAAAGAAAAGUAUAUUCUGUGUUGGCAAAUGAAGCAUAAAAUCUGCCUUUUGUAGCCAAAAGCAUAUGGUAUUAUAUGUUUUUUCUGGGCAGACUGAAAAGAGGUGUUUCUUUCUUAUGCCUAUUUGCAGUAAUUUUUUCUUGGCUCUGUCCUAGCCAAUGAUUGCAGACUUUGCUUUUCCUGUAGUACUGUAUUAGCCAUUGUCAAAAAUAAUUAAAAAAAAAACACAAAUGCAAAAGUAUUGUAGAAAUGAUACCUAUAUUAGCUAACAAUAGAAAUACAUUGCAAGCUUUAAGGCCCCUUUGUCAGGCAAAAUACAAAUGAAGGCUGGAAUGGCGCAACAUAUAUACUGUUGGAUCAGAGAGAAGUUUUCAUGAGCAAUGAAUUAGGAAUGUUGUGCCAUUCCAGCUUUCAUUUGUAUUUUGCCUGACUAAGGGGCCUUAGAGUUCUGAAAGCUUGAAAUGUAUUUCUACUGUUAGCCAAUAAAGCUUUCAUUUCUACAAUACUUUUGUAUUUGUGUUUUUUUAUUACUUUUUCACAGUAGACAUUCAUUCCAACUUUAUGGGAGGAUUCACAUUAUUGGCAAGAAAUAAAGGUAUGGUUAUGGAACCAAAGCGCAAGCAGUGGCUUACUUGUACAAUAUAGAAUCUGGCUUACAAACAUUAACACUUAUGUGGUAUCUAGGGAAACGGUAAUGUUAUAAGACAAAGAAGAAAUGAAGAGAGUAAAUGUUAGGGGCAGAUUUUAGGGAACAAGACUUCCCCCCUAGCUCCAUCUCCUGUAGAUUGAGAUUUUUCUGAUAUUUAACGAUUUUCUUGUUUUUUGUUCCAUGCUUGAGUUUUUCUCACCAGAACAUCUCAAGAGUUAUGAGAUUUUUAGUGUUGGCUUAGUAAAUCCAUUCAGUGUAUGCCGUUAUGUAAAUCUAUUCAAUGUAAGCACAACUCAAGAAGCCCUUUUUGUAGGUGUCUUCUCUUCUGAGAGCAUUGGUGCAAGUAAUAAGAUCGAAAAAAUAAAGUGGAUUUCUCACUGGGGAAACCAGUUCAGAAAAACUGACAUUGUUGAUUGAAUUGUGUAAAAUCUGCCCAUUAGUGUCCUCUUAACAUUUUGGUUUGCAUGCUUUGAACAAAGUAGAUUCUCAUCAAAUCUAUUUAUCUAUACCAUUGGAUGAAAUUCUUUCUUUACUGGUCUAGGUAGGAUAGAGCCUGAAAUAAUGUGUGAUAAUGCCUCAACUCUCAAAACUUUAGGCUAUUAAGGAAAUUCCUACCAGUAUUUAUGCUCCUUUUAUUUUAGUGCAGAAUGAUCAGACUAGUAGAUAUACUGUCCUGACACACAUAAUCACUUAGUAGCCAUUAAAGGGCUAAAACACACAUAGCUACUCAUAGCCAGCUACUUUUCACAGCUACAUAAUAGACAAAUUACUGCUAACUGUUACUAUGUGUGUUUUAGCAGAGGCAAUUCUCAGUAUUGUCUAUGGCAGGGAAUUUUUUGGCGCAGCAUUGUUUAGACAAUGUCUAUUUGCUUUUAAAAAACAAAUACACACAGAAGUUAAUACUUCAGUCAAUUUUUUUAACAGUGCGUGGCAUGUAUGCAAAUGUCCAGUAUUAUGUAUUAGUGGUAGCUAUCAUAUUUCUAGCCUCAGCUGAACCCUUCUCCAUAGAUUACAGUAGAAAAGUACAAUUUGCUUAUGCAAGGUCUUUUAACCCCCCCCCCCCCACACA